UGAGCAGAUCUCAUCCGAAGGGAGGAACUAAAAUUUCCUAUAAAGCCUGUCACAUAUUUUGCAAACAGUCUAGACAAUAGCACGCUGACCAGGCUCAGUCCACAACACUGGCACCGAAUAUCCUUUGUGAUCAUGGCUCAGAACGGAAUUAUAGAAAACGGGCAGCCAAAGGGGGAAACUCCCGCACUUCCAAAACCAGUGAAAAUUACUGAGGUGAAAUACAGCAAGAUUUUCAUCAAUAAUGAGUGGCACUCUUCUGUAAGCGGGAAGACGUUUCCAAUUUACAAUCCAGCGACAGGUGCGAAAAUCUGCGAAGUAGAGGAAGCCGAUAAGCUGGAUGUAGACAAGGCGGUGCUGGCGGCGAAGGCAGCAGGUGACAGGGGCUCUGCCUGGAGGCAGAUGGACGUGUCCGGCCGCGGCCGGCUGCUGAACAAGCUGGCAGACCUGAUGGAGAGGGACCGGGCUCUUCUCGCGACCAUGGAGACCAUGGACACUGGGAAACCUUUCCUGCAUUCCUUCCUCAUCGAUCUCGAUGGCAGCAUCAAAACUCUGAGAUACUAUGCCGGCUGGGCGGACAAGAUUCACGGCAAAACGAUGCCGGUCGAUGACAAUUUCAUGUGUUUCACCAAACAUGAGCCCGUCGGCGUGUGUGGAGCGAUCAUCCCGUGGAACUUCCCCCUCCUGAUGUUUGUGUGGAAGGUGGGACCAGCACUGUGCUGUGGUAACACUGUGGUCAUCAAACCAGCCGAGCAGACGCCGCUCACUGCCCUCCACAUGGGGGCGCUGAUAAAGGAGUCUGGCUUCCCUCCUGGGGUGGUCAACAUCCUGCCAGGCUACGGGCCGACGGCAGGGGCAGCGAUAUCCAGCCACAUGGAGGUGGACAAGGUGGCUUUUACCGGCUCUACAGAGGUUGGGAAAUUAAUCAAAGAGGCAGCGGCUAGGAGUAACCUGAAGAGAGUGACCCUGGAGCUGGGCGGGAAGAACCCCACCAUCGUAUUUGCCGACGCGGAUUUGCGGCUGGCUGUGGAGGAGGUGCAGAGGGGCGCCUUCUUCAACCAGGGCCAGUGCUGCACUGCGGCCUCCCGCGUCUUCGUGCAGGAGCAGAUGUACGAGGAGUUCGUGCGGCUCAGCGUGGAGAGCGCCGAGCGGGUGGUGGCCGGGGACCCCAUGGACCCACGGACGGCACACGGGCCACAGAUUGACCAGAAGCAGUUUGACAAGAUCAUGGAUCUGAUCAGGAGCGGCGAGCGAGAGGGCGCCACACUGGAAUAUGGAGGCCGUCCCAUGGAUCGUAAAGGCCUCUUCAUUCAGCCCACCAUCUUCUCAGGGGUCAAAGACCACAUGCGCAUUGCUAAAGAAGAGAUCUUUGGCCCGGUGCAGUGCAUAUUCUCAUUCAAAAGCCAGGAAGAGGCGAUAGAGAGAGCGAAUGGGACGCCGUAUGGUCUGGCUGCUGCCGUGUUCACGCGCGACGUGGACCGGGCACUGAGCGUCUCUGCCGCUCUGCAGGCUGGCACCGUCUGGGUGAACUGCUACAAUGCCCUUCAUGCCCAGACCCCCUUCGGUGGCUACAAAAUGUCAGGAAAUGGAAGAGAGCUUGGUGAAUAUGCCCUGGCAGAGUACUCUGAAGUGAAAACUGUCACUAUCAAGGUGGCAAAACAGGACUGAGCAAGUCGGCGUGAAAAGCUGACAGGCCUGUGACCAUGUGGGCACUUAGGAAGAGCGUGGUACUCACUGAGCGGUCUGCGCAACCUCACCUUCACCCCUUGUCACCUUCCUGCCUCCCUGCCUUUGCCUCUCCUCACCUCCUUACGUGCACCCCUCCAGGUCUCCUCACCUUUACCCCUCGUCACCUCCUCACCUUCACCCCUCCUCGCCUCACUGUUUCCUCCCCUCCUCACCGAUGCCUCUCCUCACCUCCUUACCUUCAUCCCUCCUGUGUGCCUCUGCCUCUCCUCGCCUUUUGCCUCUGUUUCCCCUGACCUCUUUGCCUCCACCCCUCUUCACCUCUAUCUGUCAGCUCUUGCUCAGGGACUCUUAUGAGUGUGAGCCUGGUUCCGGAGCAAUGUUGGGCAGACGAUGGGAGUUUGCUGCUGUACAAAGAAAUGACUACAGCAGCAGUUAAAAUGAACUUUUUAAGUCUGUACAGAUUUAUCAACUUACAAAACAAUGCCGGUGAUUUUAUUAAUAUAGAUCUUACGCAUGCUGAGGCCAAGAUUCAUACUCUUGUUCUUGUUUGAUCGAUGCUGAUCGAUAAGCAGACAUCAAUUAGUUUUUCCUUGUAUUUCAGAGAUACUGCACAACCCAUAUCUGUAGAGGUAGCCUUCGUCCUGUAGUCAGAAUAAUCACUGUUUGGAUAUAAGGUAAAUUAUAUACAUAUACAAUGUAAAAUAUAGCCAGUGUAAAACCAUAUAAUUGUGUUGUUUCAAUAUACUAUGUGUCAUGCAUCUAAAUUGACCAUAAACUUGGAAGUGCAGUUAUGAAAUCAGCAUUCUGUGCAAAGUAAGUUUUUGUUUUGUCUUUUUUUGUCAAGCGUUACAUUUUUCACACCAUAAAAAAGUUUAAAGAGUGCAUUUUAUUUAAUAACAUUAAAUAGAUUUUAAUAUGUUGAAAGAGCUGUCACAAUGAUGAAAUAUGUAAUAUUUCAGAUGGUUUAUAACCUUCUAGUUUUACCUUCAAAAGGCUUAUCUGGUUUCUGUAGGUUUUCUUUUUAAAGUGAGGCUUCUUUUUAAUAUCAGUUGUUUUGGAUAAAAAAUUGUACAUCUUACAAAUAUUUUUUUAAUUUAAUUUCUUAUGCUUUUGUAGAUCAUAUAAAAUAGUUCACAAGAAGGGUUUGAGUAAUUUAAAAGGUUGAUUUAUAUUGUAAAUCGUAACUAAAUAUAGGAUACUCAUGUGAAUAAUGUUAACCAAAUUGUCCAAUGACUUAACUGAUUACUCAAUAAAGCUAGUAAUUGAUAUUUUGUAUCAAUAUUUAAAUAUGAAUUAAUAAAGGUUACAAAACAAUAGUCAGUCA